AAGUGCGAUCUAGCGGUGGGGAUGUGAACUGCUCACUCUGUGUCAGUCUAGAGACAGCUCAGUUGCCGCGAGGUAUCAUUGCGCCGCGCCGCACGGUGUAGUGUUGUGUCAUCAUGAACAGGUUGCGCCACUGUGACGUCGUCAAGAUAUCUGACAGUGAGAAGGACAUAAUGAGCUCUCUCGUGUACUGUAUACACCACAAGGAGGGCUGUAAAUGGAAUGAUCAGCUUCGAAAACUAAAGGCACACCUGAACACCUGCAAGCAUGACGCCAUCCCCUGCACGAAUGCCUGUGGUGCGCAGAUCCCCCGUGUGCUGAUGGAAGACCACCUCAAGUAUACCUGCGCAGAACGUAUAGCACAUUGCGAGUUCUGCGGGACAGACCUAUCUGGAGCAGCUUUGGACAAACACACAGGAUCUUGCCCGCUGGAGCCUCUAUAUUGUGAGAACAAGUGUGGAAUGAAACUCCAGCGUCGACUGCUAGCCCGCCAUAAGUCAAACGAGUGUAGCAAACGGCUGGUGAACUGCCGCUACUGCACGCUAAGUUACGUAGCUGACACACUGCAGACGCACCACGCCGCUUGUGCCCGAGCCCCUGUGCCAUGCCCCAACCGUUGUGAGAUGGCUGUGGUACCCCGGGAAGACCUGGACAGCCACUUGCAGGACCAGUGUGCCUCCCUCCUUGCCCCUUGUGUCUUCAAGGAGGCCGGCUGCAGGUUCAAGGGCCUGAGAGGAGCACAGAUGGAACGUCACCUGGAGGAUAGUAGCCAACAACACCUGGUGCUGAUGUGUGGACUGGUCACCAGGCAGCAGCACCAGAUCACCAGUCUCAAAAGUGCACUGUCUCGCCUCUCCUUGAAUCACACCGGUACGCUAGUGUGGAAGAUAUCUGACUACUCAGCCAAGAUGGCCGACGCCAGAGCCAAGGAAGGCAUGGAGCUUGUGUCACCUCCGUUUUAUACCAGCCAGUUUGGGUACAAGCUGCAGGCCUCCCUGUUCCUCAAUGGUAACGGAGCCGGUGAGAACACCCACCUCUCCCUCUACAUCAAGCUGCUACCUGGAGAGUACGACGCUCUGCUGCGCUGGCCCUUCGCACAUUCCGUUGCCUUUACACUGUUCGACCAGAGCGAGAAGGCGUGCAACAUCGUGGAGAGUUUUGUGCCAGACCCAACAUGGGAGAACUUCCAGCGGCCGAGCAAGGAACCAGACACCCUCGGCUUCGGGUUCCCUCGGUUCGUCUCCCACGAAACCCUCACCAAGAGACACUUUGUCAGGGACGACACACUCUACAUCAGGGUGAAGGUGGAUCCUAGCAAGAUUGUGGCAGUCUAGCCGCACACACAAACCUCUCUCUUACCAAAGUCAUUAGAUGUAUCUUGUUUUAUACUUUUGUAAAUUUACAUAAAAUUUAUGUCUGUAUAUAUUGUUUUAUAGUACUUGAAAAUGUGAUGUAAUAAUAUUCUAUAUUGAGGAAUCGCAAAAAUAUUAAUGUUCAGUAUUGUUG